AUGUGGCGAUGGUUGCUCCUGUUGACGGCGUCAGGAGCCUGGGGUCAAGUAUGUGACGCCGAGGGACACGUGCCGGGCGGAGGGAACGGCGGGAGUUACUGGCCGUACGGACCGCCGAACUCGACGGGUGCUCCGACGGUGGCGCCGACGGACUCUCCAACAGACUCUCCGACGGAAGCUCCGACGGACUCAGGAACAACGGUUUCUCCAUCACCAACGGCAUCUCCUGAGGUACCGAAAGGGGAGAUUCUUUCCCCGGCGAACAACUAUGACGAUAUAAAUGCUGAUCCCCCAUUACAGCCAGUGGAUGGCCCGACGGGUCCGAGCGGGGAGUGUGUUUGGCCCUUUAUUUCGAGUGUAGGUUACAACGUGGGUAUGUACGCGUCGGUGGGUGGUAAGGUGUACACGCCCAAGUGGUACAUGAAUACGGCGCCGCCGGGGGAUGGUUGGGAUGAGGUGGGGAGUUGCACGGGAGAGGCUACGGCAGGCGAUCCGUUGACCGACGAGGAACAGAAGGCGAAGAUCACGGACCCCGACGUGGUAACCUGGGUGUUCGAUCCGUGGACACCAUUCCACCCGACACCGGACCAAGCGGCAGAACUGCAACAAACGUUGCUCGAUUCUGUACCGAUUGCUUCGAACAUUUUAAACGCUCUGCGUGUGCUCGACUCCUCGGAGGUGGAGCUGAUUGCUCCAGGACGUGCUGAGAACCCGGACAAUGUAUUGCGGGCAGAACGCAUCAUUACGCCUGAGCUAUUUGUGCAAAUCUUUCCGUGCCAUUUGCCUGAAUAUAGUUACGAGAACUGGCUCAAGGCGAUUGGUGCUCUGCCCGACUUUUGCAAAGACUAUGGAGCAGGUCAAGACUCGGACAAGAUCUGCAAAAAACUCAUUAUUGCCGCGUUCGCCCACAAUGGUCAGGAAACUGGCAAUAACUCCCCCGCCGGCAGCGUCACUGAGUGCCAGUCCAACGGCUGGGGCGAAGAGGCAGGUUGGAGCUUCUGGACUGACAAGACCGGCGGCAGUCUUGACCCCGCCUUCCAGGCAUUCGUGCACUUGCGCGAGUCGCCCUUCACUGCGGACACUGCUACCUCCCAAUAUGAUUGCAAAGAUGCCACUCAGGACUUUUGGAGCGUCUUCUAUCCCUGCCCUGGGAACGUGACUUAUUUCGGCAGAGGCAGCCACCAGGUCACCUACCAAGCCAACUAUGGACUCUUCUCCAUCUCCAUCAAAAACGACGCUUUCUACCUAUGUAAUAACCCUGACGAAGUCGCCACCACCUACCUCAACUUCGCCUCCGGAAUCUGGUUCUCCGUCACGCCUCAGUCACCCAAACCCUCCAUGGUCUGGGUACUCGACGGCACCUGGCAACCCAAUGACGCAGACAAGGCCAACAACCUCGAACCAGGCUUCGGCGCCACCAUCAGCAUCAUCAAUCCUAUCGAGUGCGGCCAAGCUAGCAACGCCGCGGCCGAGGGACGCCAAAACAAACUCAAACAAAUCGCCGCCUUUCUCGACUUCGACAUCGCCGAAUUCGGCAAACUAGACUGUGCUGACUCCAAAGAUUUUUCGGCACAAGGCAGCGCCGUAGCCGACCUCUACCUCAAACCCGGACAAAACUUCAACUGCGAAACCACCGGCGACAACACGCCCUUCAUGAUCACCAGACCCGGAGACUACAAACGCUGCGUCGACUUCUACUUCCGCUCACAUGUCUGGUACAAAGGCGUCAAAAUAUACGAACAUGGACUCAAAAUAUAG